CCUCCUCCCCGUCCCGCUCCACCUCUGGUCCCCAACUCUUUUUCUCCCGCCGGCUCUGGCCCGCGCUCGGCUGAACGGUUCGCAGGAGUCCGCGAGCGAUCGAGCGACUAGGGAACUCCGCGCCGUCAGAUCGCCCGGCUCACCUCUCAGUGUCCCGGCGCCACCGCGCCCCCUGUUCCGAAUACAGUUUUCAUCUGCAUUGUGAGGUGUUGUGAGGACAAGCUGUUUUGGGAUCCCCACAGAAUGUCAGAAACUGAAGUGGCCACAGAUGUCUUUAAUUCCAAAAACUUGGCCGUUCAGGCACAAAAGAAGAUCUUGGGUAAAAUGGUUUCCAAAUCCAUCGCUACCACCUUAAUUGAUGACACAAGCAGCGAAGUGCUAGAUGAGCUCUACCGGGUGACCAAGGAGUACACCCAGAACAAGAAGGAGGCGGAGAAAAUCAUCAAAAACCUCAUCAAAACGGUCAUCAAGCUGGCCAUUCUUUACAGGAAUAAUCAGUUUAAUCAAGAUGAGCUAGCACUGAUGGAGAAAUUUAAGAAGAAAGUUCAUCAGCUUGCUAUGACCGUGGUCAGUUUCCAUCAGGUGGAUUACACCUUUGACCGGAAUGUGUUAUCCAGGCUGCUAAAUGAAUGCAGAGAGAUGCUUCACCAAAUCAUUCAGCGUCACCUCACCGCAAAGUCACACGGACGGGUUAAUAAUGUCUUUGAUCAUUUUUCAGAUUGUGAUUUUUUGGCUGCCUUGUACAAUCCAUUUGGGAAUUUUAAACCCCACUUACAAAAACUUUGUGAUGGUAUCAACAAAAUGUUGGAUGAAGAGAACAUAUGAGCAUGUGAAUUAAGGUUGUGACUGCUCACGAUUUAUUUGAAGUUGGAGCUCUGUUGGUUUAUGAAGGAGAAAAGAAUUUUUUGAAGAUUGCAUGUAUUUCAGAAAGACUUUACCCACUUCAAUUGUUGGACAUUAAUGAUAAUGUUCUCUGAGGCUCGUUUUAUUUGAAGAAAAGCAUGUUGCCAAAAAUUGUGGUUAAAAGAUGUUUGAUUGUAAUGCAAAUACAGAGUUAUACAAAGGAAAAUAUGUAUGGCGCCAAACCUCAAGACAUCUUUUUGUAGGGCAGUUGUGUUGGUGGCACAUUGGAUAUUUCUAAUGUGUACAGAGUUAUGUAUUUUGAUUCACUUUUAUUCCUUACUAUGUAUAUGUACACCUUUAAAAAGCCAAGAUCUUUCUCUUGCUGUUAUUUCUCCUUUUGAAACUAUUCCAUUUUCAAGUCUACCUUUUGUUAAAGAUUCUUUCGUUAAAGAUUUUUGUCAUUGACAUUCAAGAAUUAACUCUUACUUGAGAAUUAAGACAUUCAAGAAUUAAGGCAGUCAAAUUUGAACCCUCAGGAAAAUAGAAAAACUGCUUCUCUGAAAUUAAUAUUGUAGAAACCAACUGUGUUUGACAAUAUGAAUAAUGUCUAAUGUAAGAAUAUGCUUCUGGAAUGGAGUCCUGUUUUUUAGUACCAACAGCAAUAUGUCCCACAACGUGAUAAUUCCCCUAAAUGUAGUAACAUUCCAUUGCUUUAAAAUGCUUGCUGAGGGCUUAACUUUUAUGUUAUGUUGAAAAUGUGCUGAUGAAAUCUCCAUUUUUAAUGUAAGAGACAAAGAUAAUUUUCAAAUGUAAGAGACAAAGAGAAUGUCUAGAUUAUUCUUGAUAAAAGUAAAUGGCUUUAAGAAAAAUAAAACAAUCUUUAUUUUAGAGAUGAGCCCAUGAAAAUAAUUUAGAGGGAUGAGGGAGGGGCAAAUGGGAAGAACGGAUAUUGCUACAGAACAUGAGAAUUAAAAUUAAUGCAUUUCAUUGUUUAAUAAGGUUUGAUAGGUAAAUAAAUAAUGUCACUUUUUU